AUGCGUUUCUCCUUCCUCGCCGUUGUUGCUGUUUUGACAGCAUCUAUGUCUGUCAGUGCAUGCACUUACGAAUAUUACGCUUGCACCAGCAAUGCAGAUUGCUGUGGUACCAUGGUUUGCAUAAUUGAUUUAAGGGGUGGAGUGCAGACGGAGCAAUUGCGCAAGCACACAACUACUGGCACAACCAAGGGCCUGGGUUUUCAUGAGUACAGCUCGCGCGUUGUCAUCUCAUUGAAAGUUGGCGGUGAAUACCGUCAUGUCCCUGCAGCAAGUACGGUGUAUACCUUUAAGAACUCACGGCAGAAUACUCCGCGAGAUCGCUGGAAAGACACCCAGUGCGCAGGACACACUGAGCGGUAUUCAGGGGAUGUGCCUCGACCCUAUUAG